AUGGAUAUGGAACAUCAACAACGAAAGAGCAACGAAGGCAAACACAGAGAGAAACUCAUAAUGAAGAAUAGAUCCAAAUUUGUUGGAGUAAGACAAAGGGCUUCAGGGAAAUGGGCAGCAGAGAUAAAAGAUACACAGAAGAACAUUAGGAUGUGGCUUGGUACAUAUAAAACUGCUGAAGAAGCUGCCCGUGCUUAUGAUGAAGCUGCUUGUCUCCUUCGAGGUUCAAACACUCGUACAAACUUCUCUACUAAUCAUUCCAUUCCUACUAAUUCUCCUAUAUCUCUUAAACUCAAAAAGCUCCUUCAUCGCAAAUCCAUCUCAAAUCAAACUCAAACUCAAUCUCAAAACCAGUCCACAAUGACGUGUUCUUCUUUUCAAGGUGCACCUAUUGAUAAUAGCAUCAUGUUACAGGAAAAGGAAAACAACUCUUCAUGGAGUAGUGAAGACUCAAAGUCUUUGUUUUGGGUUCAGAACCAAGUUUCUGAAUAUAGUAAUCAUUAUGGGGUAGAUAUGAAUAUGAUAAACUGCGAAUUGGGUAUUUCACCAAAUACAUUGGAGUUUGAUUAUUCUUGGUCUUUUCCCCAACAAAGGAUUAACGAGUCAACAACAUCAAAAGAUGAUAUGAGUGUAUAUGGUUUGAGUGAGUGCUAUGUGGAGGACACGUACGAAGUUAAGCAUGAAUAUGAUGUCAAUUAUCCUCUUUCACACUUGUUUUGUUUUACUUGA